AUGCAUAUAAAAAUAAAAAAAGACUUCUACAUCUAGAGUAAUAAUGUUUAUUAUUGCUUUUUCUCUGAAGAACCAUUAGAAUAAAUAGUAUAAACAUUUAUAAGCAUUUUCCAUACUCAUUGCCAUAUUCACUGUUGUAAUAAUAAAAGACAUAAUUGA